CUCAAACAACCAACAUUACCAACCUCUAUAGUAGAUACACUUGAAUUGGGGAUUUUGAAAGUGUCUUUUUAGGUAAAUAGACGGGCUUUUGGGGACAUGGAUAGUCCUGUUUCGUAUUUCCUUCCUCGUAAAAUGGUAUAGUAAACCUUAAAGGAAAGCUAGCUGAAUACUUGGUCGUAAAUGUAAUGUAAAAGACGUGUUAUUAAAUUAGUUGGCUCAUAAUGGAGAGCAAUGCAGCUGCGGCUAAAACAAAAACUAAAUUAAAAGGAAAUAAGAAGGAGGAAAAGGACAAGAAUCCAAAAGGAAAGGCGCCUAAAGGAAAAGGUAAAGACGUUGUACUGAAUCAUGCUAAAUUUGAGGGACCAGGGCUGAGUUACAAGGCUAAAUUAUUCGGCUUUGUUGAAGUGCCUGGCCCAAGAGGUGAUCAUUCAUCUAUUCAAGCUAUUCAAAAGCUCAAGCAACAUGCCAAGCAGUUGAAAAAAGGUGCAAAUGAGCAUAAGCUUAAGAUAACAUUUAAUAUAACUCUGCAAGGAGUAAGACUGUACAACGAAAAAACACAGACAAUUGAACAUGAGCACCCAAUCCACAAGAUAUCAUUUAUAUCUCAUGACCCUGAAGACCGUCAUGUAUUUGGAUAUAUCUACAGUCCACCUCGAACUGCAGCAAAUGAGGCCAGGAAAUAUUACCUGUAUGCAAUUAAAUCCGAUAAGUCUGCUGAUGUGAUAACUGUUCAACUCUAUGAGCUCUUUCAAGUUGUGUAUAAGAUGCAGGAGAACAAAAAAAUUCAGGGUAAAGAUAGUUCACACAAAAGACAACAUCAACCUCUGGAACCAUUGCAAAAUAAAAUGUUACUUGAAAUGUCGAACAAAAUUGGUGGGGAUCAACAGCAGUAUUCACCAGAUGAACAUUUAUAUGCGGAACCGACUUUUCUCAAGUCCACCCCUUCAGGACCUGCAUCGUCAGACUUCACUAUUCCAUCCGAUCAACCUGCUUUGGCAUCAAGUGGCACUGGAAGUAAUAAAUAUCAGGUUCCACGUCGGGAUGAGGAGAUAAGUGAAAGAGAAAAGGAAGACAUCGCCACUGCUAUUGCAUUAUCCUUAAGUAUGGAAGGAAAUUCUCAGGCUUCUGGAGACAAGCCGUUUACACCUACAACAAAUGAUUCUAGUUUUGAAGCUGUCUUUGAUCCGACCAUGUCAGUUACCACCGAGGAAAUCCCAAAUCAAAACGCAUUUCAUGCUGAGUUUCCCCCAUUUGAAAAUGGGUUUACAAGUUCUCAGGCUUUUCAUCGAGCUUCUGAAUCUUCUAACGAUUCGGAGAAAUUUAACAAACCUGUUUCUGACGAAAUACCGAUGUCGACGUUGAACCAACUUGCCAUUAAUGCUGCUGGUGAUAUUUCUGUGAAUACUGAAGUCAAGACCGAAUUCGAAACAAACUUUGAAAUUAAGACUGCGAGCGAUGACGAGGAAGAGUUUCCCUCUUCACAAGCACAACCCAAUGAUUUCACCAUAGAUACCUCGAAAACGGAGGAUGAGAAUUUUAAUUCGGCAAAAGUAGAGCUUGAAUCUGGUGAGAAAGAUGCUCAAGAGGUGUCUCUUGUCAAUACAGGCGCAAGUGACCUUACAUCGUUUGAAAGCGAAUUUAAAAUCGAAAAGCAAACUGACGGUGAGGAAAGCGUUAAGGCUGAAACUUCCACUACCACUGAUAGAAAUAUAUUUGCCACCCAAGCGUCAUUUGAGGUGAACUUUGAGACUGAGAAUGAAGAUUUUGAAACUUCCAAACAAAAUGAGAAAGACACGUUCACAUUUGAUGCUCCUGCAGACGCAUUUCCCAAUGAGGAUCCGUUUGCAAGUACCGCUGGUACAAGUGAAUUUGAUCAAUCAGCAUUUAACGCAUUCACCGAGGAUGAUCCAUUCUCUCCUAAAUGUGCCACGAAAAUUGAUACAAAAGCUGAUCCUUUUGCUGAAAUUGAUAAUCCUUUUACUGCGGAUUUUAGUGAUAUCAGCAAUACAAACGAUUUCGAGUUUAAGAUAGAAGACGUUUCUAACGAAUCAAACAGUGAAAAUGAUCAAAGCAGUAAUAGAGAAGAUGAUUUAUUUGAAGAGAUUUUUGAGGCUAAAAUGGAGGGACAGUUUGAGAAUGAAAACUCUGAUAAAGGAGAAGAUGAAAAGGAGAAACUAGAUAGCAUUCCGACGACGAAUCAGGUCGAUCUUGAAAAAUCAGGCGGCGACGCAAAUGUAGAACUGGAAGAUAAAGAGAAGGAAGUUGUUGAAACACUCGAGGAAAAUGAAAACCUAACGACGCUGCCAAAUGAAAACACAACUGAAACUGUUCAAGAGGCAGACAAUUCUUUCAUUACAGACAGUGAACAUCUGGAAGACCAAAAUGAAGUUGAACAAACUGGUGAUGGUAUGGACGUAAACGUUAGCGAAGAAAACGCUUUCGAUUUUUCAUCAAAUGAUGUGUAUGUUACGUUGAAGACUGCUGCCCAGCAUAAUAAUAGAGCGCAAUCACCAAAUGAGUUCUCACCACCACCAUUACCACCACGACCUAUUAUUUCUGUGGAACCUAUUGAUACCAUAACUGCUCCUAAAAUUCCACCAGCUCUUCCACCAAGGCCUUCUAUGAACGCACAAUCGGUUGCUGAAACAAUCUCACGUAAACCGCCAGAACUUCCGCCGCGACUAGACCUGGAAGAAAACGGUUUGGUUGAAAACCUGUUUGUGGAUACCAUGCAAGAAACGAGUACGGAAGCAUUUUCGAGCUUACCAGAGAAUGAUGGGAAAUCAUUCGACGACGCUGGAUCACCGGUGUUUCAAGCUAACUUUGACACUUUUGAUUUUGAUAAUAUCGAGAGUACCUCUCCCGUUGAAACUGUGGUAACCCCCAAGGCAUCUGGGUUUGAUCAUAGUGAUCCAUUCAAAGAUCCCUUUGCAGGGUCGGAUCCAUUUCAAACACCUAUCGCAGGCGAUCCGUUUACUUCACCGACAUCUUUCAAUCGAGGUGUUCAACCAGGCAGUGAUGAUUUUGAUCCGUUUUCAGGUCAUGAUCCGUUCGCCAUGACACCAGCAUUCGAUGCUCAAGCAUCGUUUAGUUCACCUUUUAAUGCCAAUUCAUCUUCGAGUGAUGAAAAAAAAGAUGACGAAAAAAACAAGUUUGAUGAUUUCUCGACAUCAUUUACUUGAGGAAUAACAUGUAUAGAAUUGUUAAAGUGUCGAACAGAAUCAAAUAAAUUGAGAAGGUGCUUCGAUUCGCACUUGCUGUUGUUGGCCAGACAAAAAAUUAAGAAAUUACUCAGUGAACGAAUUUUACUAUUUGCAUCGCUCAACGAUUUCUACUAGGAUCAACCAAUGGAUUUUCCCACUGCAUGUGUAAAAAAAGACAAUAUUUUUAUUUAGAAAUAUGGUAUCUCAAACCGAUAUUGUACAAAAGAAACAUUAGAAGUAUAACUCACAAUCAGACCCAAUGUCCUCGUUUUAAUAUUCGUUUAUUUAGGAGACAGAUAAAGAUCUUUUCCUUUUUUCCUGGACGAAAUUGUUUCUUCAGAAUCUUAGGCCCAAUUUUUCUGGGCUCAACGUAAUUUCCAACCUUACUAAACACAAAGCAUUAGUGUUUGACACAAAAACGAGGCCAUUGUCAUUGACAUAAUGACAUUGUGUUAGUUGUAAAAGGUAAAGUCUAUUUACUCGGAGUGUUCCAUCGGAAAGAGGUCUUAUUCUAUUGGAAAACACUGGCCAUAUAUUCUAUAGGAAGUACUGACCAUUACCCCUCAUCUCCUAUACGUCUUGAUGAUUUAAUGAAUAAUUUUAGAAUUUCUUACCUGUAAAGAACAACAUUAUACACUGUACAAAUUAGAAUUUAGACCACGUGUGCUUAUUUUGCACCCAAUCGGGCCAAUUCUGUCAAAGGUUUACGAAAGU